UGUCCGGCGACUUCGCAAUCAAUGCCGCGCGUUCACCUCGUGCAGUCUUGAGCGGAAUCUGUCAUCGCGAACAUGGAAAACUCACAGAACGAACAUACGAUAUCGCCGAACAUCAAUUAUCAACGUGACAUACAAUAUAUCUUCAAACCGGGUAACUGGGUCCUCGGCUCGAUCGGCAUCUGGCCUCUCGCGAUCCGCGGAAUCGGUCGACACGCAUCUAAGAUCGCGAUCCUGCUGUGUAAUUUUGCGUUAAUUUUCGCGAUAGUGCCCUCCGUUCUACACAUGAUCUAUGAUCAGAAGGACCUCAACAUAAGGCUGAAGCUCUUUGGUCUGCUGGGUUUCUGCAGCACUGCAUUGAUGAAGUAUUGCGUCCUCACGAUGCGUCGACCCAAGAUAAUGCGCUGCAUCGAACAUGUGAAAAGUGAUUGGUGGCAGGUAAAAUUCAACUCUGAUCGUGAAAUGAUGCUGAAGUAUGCCACUACAGGACGUAGAUUGUCUAUGAUCAGCGUAACUUCCAUGUAUCUCGCUGGAUUCAUUUUUCACACGAUUCUGCCGUUUUGCACCGAGCAUAAGAUCGGCAACCAAACUAUUAGACCGCUCGUGUAUCCACCAUAUAGUAAGUUUUUUAAUACCCAAACGAGUCCGGUAUACGAAAUGGUGUAUCUGGCUCACUGCCUGUGCGGAUACACCAUGUAUUCAGUGACAGCCGGAUCGUGCGGAUUGGCAGCAAUAUUCGCCACUCACGCGUGUGGCCAAAUCCAGGUGAUAGAAUCUCGACUUGAGGAUCUUCCGCGUGGCAAAAACUUCGAACAAUUUGUGGAUGUUAAUCAACGAAUCGCUCACAUCGUGAAAAGUCAUGUUCGAAUAUUGAGAUUUUCUGCCGCCGUACAAGAAGUUCUACAGGAAGUAUGUUUAUUGGAAUUUGCCAGUUCUAUAUUCACAAUGUGCUUGCCUGAAUAUUAUUGCAUAGUGGAUUGGCAAGAUAGCGAUGCAGUGGGACUAACGACUUACUUUUUAUUGUUUAUUUCAUUCUGUUUCAAUAUGUAUAUAUUAUGUUAUAUUGGGGAGCAGCUGGUGCAAAAGGUAGAUUAUUUAAUCCAUGUAAACACUUAAUUUUGUAACAACAUAAUUAUUGGAUCUUUGAGUAAAAUAAAAUAUUGAUAAAAUUCAGAAUAAGUCGAACAUUUUUUUAUGGAUUUAACAUUUCAGAGUAGUCAGAUUGGGACAAAGUGCUUUAUGACCACUUGGUAUCAAUUGCCGGCAAAGUCAAUUCGC